UCAUUACAUCUUUACAUCGUUCAUUUGCAAUUACAGUUUCUCAUUCAUUUGCAAUCAUCUUUACAUACACUUUUGCAAUAACUUCCACCCUUAAGUCUAACCCACCACCAUUUCCCACCACCCCACCCCUUUCAGACUUCCCUCCGUCACUUCUUCAAUACCUGUAUACAAAGCCUUAACUCAAUAUGCAUUCUAUAUGCACUAUUCUUUUUUAAAAAAAAGCUUUAUUUAAACAUUUAAGUAUUACAAAACAAAACAAGAGAAAAAACCCAACAAUUCAAAACAAACAAUAUAUAUUCAGUAUAUUCAAACAGACUUAAAGAAAAAUAUCUUUCCCCCCUCUCCACUCCCAUCCCUCACGCUUCCCUCUAUCCAUGUCCGAUCUUCUUUUACCUACUGUACUGUUUAUUGUUGCGUUGUUCACUAUAUCUAUUUAUUUAUCCUAUCGUUCCUACUAAAUUACUCUAGCACCCACUUUCACCAUGUAUUCACAAUUCCAUUCUUCCUUAAUUACUUGAUUAGAACAUGCUCUGAUUGAUGCUGUUAAUUGGGCCAUCUCUGCAAAUUCAAACAUCUUUAUUCUCCAUUCUACUAGUUCUGGUAUUUUGUCAGAUUUCCAGUUUUUUGCCAGUGCAAUUCUGGCUGCCGCGGUUGCAUAAAGAAAUGCAUUCCUGUUAUUCUUAGGGAUGUCAUUCAAAACUAAACUUAAUAAAAAAGCCUCUGGUUUCUUCAAGAUUGAAAUUCUAAAUAUCGUUUUACGCUCUUCAUGUAUCAUUGUCCAAAAUUGUUUCACCAUCUUGCACCCCCACCACAAGCGAUACAUCAUCCCCACCACUGCUUUACAUCUCCAACAUAGGUUUGUUUGUUUUUUAUACAUCUUUUAGUUUAACUGGUCUGAGGUACCAGGGGUAAAACAUUUUCAUUAUAUUUUCCUUAAUUGAGUACCGUAGCAUGCAGUAAAAUUUACAUCAGUUUUCCAUAGUCUUUCCCACUUGUCUAAAGUAAUUAUUUGACCCAGCUCUUGAGGCUAUUUUAUCAUAGGUUCCUUUAUUACCUCGUCUUUCAGUUCCCUUUCUAGGAGCAUAUUAUAUAUUUUCAAUAUUAUUAUUUUAUUUGGCUGCAGAAGUUCACUUUGUAAUUUUGAUAUUUCCUAUACAGGAAAUAGUGCUAUUCUUCAAAGCUCUAGAUGAAAUGGAAAGCCAUUAAUGAGUCUGGGAGGCCCUGCCCUCCUGUCCUCCUGGCUGCCUGGGAAGUGGGUAGAACGCCUUAUGACGCCAUUAGACACCAUGCACUAACAGUUGCUUCAGGAGCUGUCCCUUUCCCUCCUACACAGCGGUUAACCCUGAAAGAAGUUUUUGAGGAUGGGAAACCCAGGCUGGAGGUCUUAAGAAACCACUUGGUGAAAGAAGGGCGUCUGGAGGAGGAUGCAGCGCUGAAGAUAAUCAAUGAUGGAGCCUCCAUUCUGAGGCAUGAGAAGACCAUGAUUGAAGUUGAGGCUCCAAUCACAGUGUGUGGUGACAUUCAUGGGCAGUUCUUUGACCUGAUGAAGUUGUUUGAAGUUGGAGGAUCACCCAGUAACACUCGCUACCUCUUCCUGGGAGACUACGUGGACAGAGGCUACUUCAGUAUAGAGUGUAUGCUGUAUUUAUGGAGUUUAAAGAUAAACCACCCCAAAACACUUUUCCUGCUCCGAGGGAACCACGAGUGCAGGCACCUCACAGAAUACUUCACCUUUAAACAAGAAUGUCGAAUCAAGUACUCCGAGCGGGUGUAUGAUGCAUGCAUGGAUACAUUUGACUGUCUUCCUCUUGCUGCCCUUUUGAACCAGCAGUUUCUGUGCGUGCAUGGAGGGCUGUCUCCUGAAAUCACAUGUCUAGAUGAUAUUAGGAAAUUAGACAGGUUUAAGGAGCCUCCAGCCUUUGGUCCAAUGUGUGACCUGCUGUGGUCUGAUCCAUCAGAGGAUUAUGGCAAUGAGAAGACACUGGAACAUUUUACCCACAACACUGUUCGAGGUUGCUCCUACUUCUACAGUUACCCUGCAAUUUGUGAAUUUUUGCAAAAUAAUAAUUUGUUAUCUGUUAUUCGAGCACAUGAAGCCCAGGAUGCUGGGUACCGAAUGUACAGAAAGAGCCAGACUACGGGCUUUCCAUCCCUAAUCACAAUCUUUUCUGCACCAAAUUAUCUAGAUGUUUAUAACAACAAGGCUGCUGUGCUGAAAUAUGAAAACAAUGUCAUGAACAUCAGGCAGUUCAACUGUUCUCCACACCCUUACUGGCUUCCAAACUUCAUGGAUGUUUUCACAUGGUCUUUGCCUUUCGUAGGGGAAAAGGUUACAGAGAUGCUGGUAAACAUCCUUAACAUCUGCUCUGAUGAUGAGCUCAUUACAGAUGGAGAUGAAGCAUUGGACGGAGGCACCAAUGCCCGUAAAGAGAUCAUCAGGAAUAAGAUCAGAGCCAUUGGGAAGAUGGCACGAGUCUUUUCAGUUCUUCGGGAGGAGAGUGAGAGUGUGCUGAUGCUCAAAGGACUGACUCCUACAGGUACUCUGCCCCUGGGAGUCCUCUCAGGGGGGAAACAGACUCUACAGACGGCCACAGUAGAAGCGGUAGAGGCACGGGAAGCCAUCCGUGGAUUUUCGCCACAGCACAAGAUCCGCAGCUUUGAAGAAGCAAGGGGACUGGACCGUGUCAACGAACGCAUGCCGCCGCGCAAGGAUUCCAAGCACCCCGACGGGCCGGUGAACUUAACCUCUACAAACUCUGCGGAAAAGAACGGGAUGGGGAAGAAAGCCCAGUAACAGUUCAGGCGCCGCCCACUCUGUCUCACUAAAGGAUCCAAAACUUAAUGAAUUCUAUUUAUUUAUUAUGAAGGGGGAGGGCAAGGGGGGAGGGGAGAAACCAACUUAGCCUGGAGGCACAUCCAUAAUCCAGUUUGCAUCCAUUCUGUAAGAGAGGUGACCAUUUUGUAAGUUUUUAAAAUUUUAUGUUCAAUAUAUAAGAAGUCAUCUUUUUUUAAUUUAGGAAUGGCUCUAAAUACUAGUACAUAUAUAAAGUGUUGUUUUGUACAGAUUGCCUGUCCCUGCCAGGAGGGAAGGAGCCUGUGCGUGUGGUUGGGGUGGGGGGGUGGGAGGAAGGGAAGCAGGAACAACCCAGGGCAGCUCUGGGAUCUGAUUUUAUAAUGGAACCGUUUCAAGUUAUCCUUGUUUUUUAAAAGUGGCAACUUUCAUUUGAAAGCAACAUUUUUCUCCUCCCAGAUUUUGCUGUGUUUCUUCUGCAUCUGAUGCUCCAGCAGUUGACUUCCAUUAAAGGCAUGUUGCAUAGGGCAAUUGGUAAACUUUCUCCUUUUUGGAAUCCUGUGUCACAAGGCAAAUGUUGACAUGUGCAGAUCAGCUCCAGGUGAAUGACUGGAACUGGAGAAAAAGAUCUUCCUAAUCCUACCUCUGCCCCUUCAGAUGUUGCCAUUGAUUUCCUUUCAGGAAUCCAGUUUCAGCAGAGAAAUUAAUUCUCUUGGAAUAACCCAGUAGGUGGGCUUUGAGUUCACCCAGCUGGUUGCUCAUGUUGUUCCAUGAACACAACCAUAUUUCACAUCACACAGGUGGGAUUUAUGUGAUUUUCUCUGACAGGAAAAUAACCUCCACAGAUUGUCAUGGACUCAUAUUCUUAAUGUAAAAAGCUGUACAAAAUUAAUAUUUUAGCAGUGAGAUACUUUCCCUUCUUCCCACAUAAUAUUCUUCUCCCAUGCUGCACUGCAAUAGCUCCAUGAUGUGAGCCCCAGCACAAAAUCUUUCUAUGAUAUGCCCCCCAGGAACCUGCUUCAUUUCCAAUUCAUGUGAGGUGUAGGAGGAAAGGUUUUGUGCAGAGUCCUGCACAUCAGCAGCACUGCUUCCUUUGUCUUUGUGUAUCCUAUGUGGGACAAGUAGGAAAACCCACAGUGGUUAUAAAUGGGUGCUCACUUGGGAGUCUCCCUUGAGGGGGGAAUGGGCAUAAGCAGAUCUGUGAAGGCUCCCCCGUUUGGCUCCUGCAUACAACUGGCAAAGCUCUCCUGGGCUGAAUAUAAAGGGCUUCUUGGUGAUCUCAAGGGCACAGCCACAGCAUGAGCGGCUGAUAUUCCAGCCCCUGUAAUUCGCGUCAAAGUGAUGCUACAGCGUUUUGUGAUCAACAGCGUUUUGGAUCAAAUUUUCACAAUCAAAGCAUUUCCCAUCAACACUGGCUCAUGGUUCUGGGAGUGCAUAAUCCCACUAUUUUCUGGUCAACACCAGGCUGUAUUCAGCUUAAUUCUGCUCAGAAUAGACAGUCAGGGGUCACCAAACUUACCGUGCUUCUGGCCAGUGCCUGCAGUGCCAAUCGCGCGGCGGGUGAGCGCGCACCCAUACGCAUGCACACACGCUAUUUCCGGCGGACUUCCGGGUUGCAGGAGCACCAAAAAUAGCUUGUGCACAUGCACACGGACCUCCUCCGACCUGGAAGUGCACCGGAAAUGACGUGCAUGUGCACAAGCUAUUUCUGGUGCUCCUGUGACCUAGAAGUGCGCAGCCGCGUCGCACAGCGCCAUGCUUGUAAGAGUGGGCGGUGGCAGUGAGCGGCGGGGGUCGCCGCGGGCCAGAUAAAUGAGUCCUUUGGGCCAUAUCCAGCCCCCGGGCCAUAAUUUGGGGAUGCCUGGAAUAGACCCAUUGAAAUUAAUGGACCUAAGUUAGUCAUGUCCAUUAAUUUAAGUGGAUCUACUCAUUGAGUGUGACUAGCCUAGGGUACAACCUCAUUGUGCUCCUUUUAAGAGGCAGCAUGAGUGAAGAGGCAGGUGGUUUCAGCUUUGUAACAGGAGACACUGCUGCUUCCUGCUUCCUCAUUACCCCAAACCUUAAAUGUGAUGGCCAAGAGUAGCUAUAUGUGGAAAGGGUGUUUGCAAGGAGGCACAGGCCACUAUAACACAUGUUAGGGAGCUUCAGGGUGCCCGCCUGCCUCCACAACUUUGUGUUUAUUGUGGAAAAUUCUGGCAUACUUGUGGCAAGCACAUUUGCCAUGUAAAAUAUGCAGUUCCCAAGUUUGCAUCUGGAAAACCUAAACCUGUAACUUUUGCAAAGGGAAGGAGACCUUUGGGCAGAUCCCUUAGCACUUCUCUUGAAGUAUAAUGAUAACAUGAUUGAUUGUUUGACAGAAUGCGUCAGUCUUGUUCUCUGCCAAGUGUUGUAAAAACCACUAAGGGCUCCACAAAGGUGUGCAAAAUGUUUACUGCAAGCUGAAAUAGGUGACCUGUGAGUAUAGGAGUAAUGUACUGCGCCCGUUUUGUAAUGAAAGCAGUAUGUUUCCUCAUACUGCCAGAAAGGAAGUCACAGGCAGGUAGGCUUUACAGGUUGGUGAGAGGGACAAAUCUUAAGAGAGAAGAUGCAAUCCAUUUGGCUCUUUUUAAGUGUGAGUGAAUAGCCAAAUUAUAUUGCAUGGAGAAACUUCUGUAGAACUGAGUGGGGUUUUUGAGGAGAAACUGUUUAGCCAGCAGCUUGAACCUGAGGUCUUCAUUCUUUGAGGGAUAUUUGUUCAAGACAGAGUUGGAAGCAAGGGGAUUGUGUUAUAAUGUGCCAAAGAAUAGCAACCAAACAGAUGUGCUUGGAAGAAGGGAUCCCUGUGUGUAGAAUUGAGCCUGGUUGUUUUUUUAAUCCUGACUUGGAUGGAAGCCAGGUAUCGGUGGCAACUGUAUUAUUAUUAUUUAAGCCAAACUUGGUACAGUAAUUCAUUGGAAAGUGGUGCAGAUACCUUCCCCCUGGAGUUCAAGCAUUACCCUUCCUGGCACUGUUUGGGGUAUGUUGGAAGCAGUCUUCCACAGGGCCAUUCUUUCUUCCACCCUCUUGUACCUUAGUGACUUAAGCAAAUGGUACAAUCAGACAUUAUAGAGGUGUUGCAUAAAAAGGAUGCCUCUUAAUCACAGUGCUGCUAUCUUUUUCACUUUGAACAUAGGCCAGGGGUCCCCAAACUUAUGGCACUUCGGGCCGGUGCCUGCAGCACCGAUGCCGCGGCGGGCCGGAGGGUGGGGGAGCGCAUGGGAGUGUGCGCCCAUAUGCAUGCGCACACACUAUUUCUGGCACACCUCCGGGUCGCAGGAGCCCCGGAAAUAGCUUGUGUGCAUGCGCAUGGGCCUCCUCCCACCCGGAAGUGUGCCGGAAAUGACGCUUGCGCAUGCACACGAGCUAUUUCCAGUGCUCUGUGACCCGGAAGUGGGCAGCCACACCAGUAAGAGCGGGCAACGGCAGCAGGUGGUGGGCCGGAUAAAUGAGCCCUUCGGGCUGUAUCCGGCCCCCAGGCCAUAGUCUGGGGAUGCCUGACAUAGGCUUUCUCUGUUCAUAAUUAUCUCACAUCUUGGUUGAGAAUUAUGAAACGGCUUUGUUUGCAUUUUGGAGCAGAUGCAACUUUGGGAUUAUGUACUCAUGACUCUCCUUUUUACAUUAAUGGGUGUUUUGAAACUGCAAACAUUUGUUCCCCUUGAGGAUGAAGGAAUUCUAUUUAUGUUAAAGCUAUGCACACCUCUUAUGGCUUCUGUUGGAGAAAACCAUGGCACUUACUCUUUCAGAACAACACUGAUAGCAAUCUCUUCUAGAGAGAUCUCAUGUUUGCUACUUUGGUAGGAUGCAGACAAUCUGGCUUUAAGUGGAAUGUCUUCAGUUUAAGAACUGCAAAUUCUUACAAUUCAAACAGAGUCAAGGGAGUUAACACCUUUGCAUCUACCUGCCUUGACAUGGUUGUUGCUGCUGCUGCUGCUUCUGGCUGCUCUCAUGAUGAUCCCAGGAACUUCCACCCAUGUGGUUAGGCUUCCUUGCAUGUGUGCAUAACAUGCAAUCUUCCAAGCGAGGUGGGCAUUACCUGUUGAGUGAAUAUGCAAGCAAGCCCAGCUAUGUGAGCAGAAGUCUCUAUAUAUAUAGCCCAGGGAGCCACGUGGAAGGCAUUGCUAGGGGCUCUGGUGUCACAGGACAAUUUCUGGGCCCUUUGGUGUAGCAAGAAUAAAGCUUGGCUAGCACAAUCCUAUCUCUCUCUCUCUCUUGGAGUUGGGAAGAUAACAGCCAUCAUGCUUCUCCUAUUCAUCAGCUUUGGAGUUGGGAAGAUAACAGCCAUCAUGCUUUCCCAUUCAUCAGCUUUUGGAAGUUUAAAUUCAUGGCAACAAAGUACAUGGCCCCUCUUCACUCACUAGACACAGUUGAAAUGUUGCACUUGGACUGCUGAUUUGUUAAAGUGAGAAAUAUUUGGGCCCUUCUCUUGGCUGAUUCUUGCAAAAUAGCCAGGUAUUUCCUUCCUCCACCACCUCCUGCAUCUCUUUGUUCCCUGUUUUGCUUUUUCUCCUCUCAGGUGAAAUAUGUUCAUUUGGUGCCCCUUAUGCCCCCAGAUUCCAUUUGCUUGCCAAGGAAAGGGAGGCUGCUGAAACAGCCAGGCUGGGCAACUGUCCCAAGGAGGGACAGCUCUGAGGCAGGAGGGCCCACUUGGGGUCUUUCAUGUUCCUUCAGGGUUGCUUUGACACCCAAAGAAAAAUGUAUUCCAUGUUCCAUGUACAAAGACAUUGCUGGCUGUCAGGCCAAGCCUAUGCUCUGGUUGCCAAGGGAAGGCUGGCUCUGGGGCCUCUUUGUUUCCUCCUCACAGAGUGGGUGUUAAUUACACCCCGCCCCCCCAUUAGCUCAUCCUCCUUCUGUAACAUGCUCUCAGCUAGCUUCCCCAUGUUUUCAUGGAAAGAGUGAGCUAAAUUCCUGGUACCCUGAAGACACAGUCAGGCACAGUGUCUUGGGUGCUGUAGUCCACCCUUUCUCCCCUGGAGAUCCUUGCUGCCUGUGUUAGCAAACUAGAGUUUGAAAUGCAGUGUGGAAAGCAGCACUGAAGCCUUACUCUCUCUCCUCUGACUUGGGAAAGAGAGCUGCCAGCCAAGGCUACUACCCCUUUCUGGCAUGGACGUAAAGCCCAGUGCCAAGGAGACAUUCCUUGAUCUCAGCCAGGGCUCCCUCUUAACCAAAAAUGUGAAGUUGAUAAGAACCCAGAUGAAAACCAUAAUAAACACUGGAGACCUACUUAAACCUUAAACCAAAUAUUCUUGGGCCCCAGCUCCCAUCAGCCCAUGGUAAGGAAUGAUAGGGCUUUAAAAAUCCUAACAUCGCCAGGAGAGGCACAGGUUCUUCACCCCUGCCUUGAACUAUGGUUCCGGACUAUGCAUGUGAUGUGGCAGGUGGCUGGGAGGUGGGGAAUGUUGCACCCGCAGCACCCUUGGAGGUAUCCGUGGUCAGAUGACAACCUAAGAAGCCAUACUCUGAAAGGAGCAACCAUUAGCCACAUGAAAAAGUGACAUCCCAGGAGGCAAUUCCAGCUGCCCUGUGCUAUAGCUUUAAAUGGGGGAGGGGGGAUUACUGACCAGAGCAGUGGUAGGUUGUGGGGGGGGGGCUUAGAUAUGAGAUGGCCCUCUCUAAUUCCCCCCACACCCAAGUACUGGGGAAAUGCUCCUGGGCCAGCUGUCCAAUCCAGCAGCGAUUCUGUCUUAGAGCCACAAAUGCCUCGAGAGGCCUUGCCUCUACUCAUCAUCCCACCCAUUCUCCACUAUGCUGUCGUCCUUGUUGUUUUGCUUUUUAAUUCCAGGGACUAUCAUGAGCAACGAAAGCAGAAAAAGAAACAUUUUAAAAGCCAAGAAAGCCCGCCAGCCAUGGGACUCCAGUGUAUUAAAGGCUGUGUGUGCUACCCCCUUACUAUGAGGUUGCCUAUAAGCACCCUUUUUUAAAAAAAUAAAAAUUGUCUUGCAUGGUUUGAAAAAGCAAGAAAAAGCAAGUUGCAUGUAACAAGGAGGGGAUUCAACAGUGGGUCUUCCAAACUUCAGGACAAAGGUGCUUUCACCUCAUUGAAGAGAACCUGCCCUGUCAUGGUGCCACAGCCUGCUUGCCCCUCCCCAGUUUAGCUAAUCUUGAUUCUGCUGCCGGAGCCUCAUGCCAGCUUGGCACCAUCCCAGAAAAGGUGGAAUCACAAACCCCAGGAAAGGUGUGGGUGAGGACUGAGGUUCUUGAUUCUGAAGUCGUGUUUGCCCAUUGUCUGGAGGCUGACUCCUUUCUGUUCUUGCUCUUUUUUUAGUUACAUUUAAAGAAGAAUGGUGAAAAAUGUUAUUUAUUGGCUGAAAUUAUUUAAUAUAAUUUCUCUUUUGUGAACAAGGAAUGAAUUGGUUAGAACUGUCUUACUGUAAAUUGGAAAGUCAUCUUUAAGGGGGGGGGAGUUAAAAAUUAAAUGACAGUUGUUUGGCUCUGG